AUGGGGGUGCGCAGCUCAGCCUGGCUCUGUUUUCUAGAAUGUCCUGCCCUGCUGCUUCUGCUGUCCUUAUUACUGCAUUCUCUGGGCCUCCCAGUCCUGGGUGCCCCCCAACGUCUCAUAUGUGACAGCCGAGUCCUGGAGAGGUACAUCCUGGAGGCCAAGGAGGCAGAAAAUGUCACGAUGGGCUGUGCUGAAGGCUGCACCUUCAGUGAGAACCUCACUGUCCCCGACACCAAGGUUAACUUCUAUUCCUGGAAGAAGAUGGAGAUUGAACAGCAAGCUGGGGAAGUCUGGCAGGGCCUGGCCCUACUCUCAGAAGCUGUCCUUCGGGGCCAGACCCUGUUGGCCAACUCCUCCCAACUGCCUGAGUCGCUGCAGCUACAUGUGGACAGAGCCAUCAGCAGCCUGCGCAGCCUCAACUCCCUGCUUCGGGCACUGGGGACCCAGAAGGAAACUGUCUCCCUUCCAGAGGCAGCUUCUGCUGUUCCACUCCGAACAUUCACUGUUGAUACUUUAUGCAAGCUCUUCCGAAUCUACUCCAAUUUUCUCCGGGGAAAGCUGAAGUUGUACACGGGAGAAGCCUGCAGGAGAGGGGACAGGUGA